AACAAAUUGUCAAAGUCAACUAGGAUUUGCUGAAUGAUAGUCGUCUUAAAUUAUUUUCAUUAAAAUGGUUUUUAUCGAAUUUUUAUGAACCAACGAUGGAUGAACACGAGUUUUUCAGACAGACAGUACAACAUUUGGCGCGUUGUUUAUCUCAUAUAAACCCGACGCCAUGGGAAAAGGUAAACACACUAUUUAUGCUGUGCCCGCAAGCCAGCUCAUCUUUGGUGGUAACAUCUCGGAGCCAGGACGCAUGUAUAGCACUCGGCCUCUACUUCUUGCACAGUGGGAUGCAGCAUCAGGACAAACUGCUUCCAUAUUUUUUGAAGGUCCUUAAGUGUCUCACAAGUGCACAGUUUGAAGAACCUCUAUGCAGAGUCAAAAAUAUUGAUCGUAUUCCUAUGUCGGAGAAGUUCAGUUUUUGUCUGAACACACUUCUCUCGGACAUAGCAGCCAAACAGCCUUCCAUCAGAGAAGAGAUCAUCAAAGCCCAAAUUGAGCUUAUGUCCAAUCUGACGAAGAUAAUCAUUACCUGCCACGAGAGUAAAGACUACUCUCAAACGACCUCCAAACUCCAACUCUGCAAAAGUACAAUACCAGUACUCAUAGGGUUGGCUAGAUCUAUGGGCAGAUAUGCGACUGUCGAUCCUCCGUUGCUAUGCCGUCUCUUUCCCCAACCCAGUAGUCCAGUGAAAUCCAAAGAACCCGAACCAAACUUCGAGUAUUCCACCUUGGAUAAGAAGAGGAAGUUCAACCAGUUCAGACCCAUUAUCCCCAGGUCGUUAUCAGGGAAUCUAAAUCCUAACAAUGAGAAUAUUGUAGAAAAUGGCACAGACACUGUUGAUAGCAGCGGAGGUACCAUUAAACGAGGUUCCCUGCACAGCUAUAGUUCAGUACCUUAUGAUCCUACCACAUACUUCUUCCACAAGUUUGGAUCCAGCUUCAAUCAGUUCCCUUAUAUGAGAUUUUCGGAAUCUCCCGAAAAGAGGAUCAAUGUACAAUUUUACGUGGCGUACUUGCAAUCUAUAUUGACGUUGGCCAAAGAUUUAUUGACGAAAGAUCUAUUGGCGUUCUUGGAUGAAGAAGCUGAGGACAUAUAUGCGUCAGGACAAAUUCAAGUAUUUCCAUAUAAAUCGUUCUCGGAAACGCUGAAUUUGGUAAUGGUAACACUGUUACGGGAAUUAUUGCAACAUCAAAAGAAUCUACCAGGACCGUUUACUAAAGAUGUUCAAGAAUUCGUGAAAUGCCUCUUCUUAAGUGGCCAAACGGAACUGCAGAGUCGACACCACGAUGCCUCUGAGAGGGAAGACAGAGAGAGCAAUUACGCCUCGGUAAACAAAUUUAAAGUGAAUGUGAUGGCCAAUUCGGCGUGCGUCGAUCUACUUGUAUGGGCUAUUGGUGACGAGACCGGUGCGGACUCACUAUGUGGACGUUUAACAGAGAAGAUAAAUUCAAAUCACAAUCACAAGUUGAUAUUAGCUCACAUGCCCCUUCUGAUGGUCUGUCUUGAAGGACUCGGUAAAUUGGCAACGAAAUUUCCGACAAUCGCGAAUACAUCGAUAUAUUGCUUGCGAGACUUCCUCGUUACCCCAUCGCCGAUACUGUUCAAGUUGCACAAGCUUGAGCUAGAAAAAACCGGCAAGGAACAUAUGAAGGUCACACUACAGGGAAAAGAACUCCAAGGUCUGACAUCAACGGGUGUACCAGUGAAGUCGACACCGUUCGAGAAACUUCGAGACGCCGCCAUUGAAAAUUUGUGCGUGGCACUCGAAGCAGCACUCACAGUAGAUUUGUUCUGCGUUCCCGCGCUCGUGGGUUCUGUCAGCAACCGACUGUUUACCGCUGAAACUAGUGACAGUGAAUCGUCGCUGAUCAGUACAAAUAUCGUUAUCAUGUUGGGUCACGUCGCCGUCGCGCUCAAGGAUACGCCCAAAACUACGGACACUAUUUUGCAGUUUUUCCAGCAACGGCUAUGCCGCUCCCCAUCGUCGUUGGACACGCUGAUAGUGGACCAGCUGGGCUGCAUGGCGCUGGCCAGCCCCGAGGGGCCCGCCCACGAUGAGAUCAUGCGAAUGUUUACAGUCAUCACCGUGGAGGCAGCCAGCGCCGCCUACCAUCACACCGAUGAUAAGAAGCAGUACAGGCAUGUAUCCGGCGCAGUACUGAACGCGCUCGCGAACAUAGCGGCGAAUGUUCGCGGCACGAACGCUCGUUUGGAACUGCUCACUCGUCUGCUCGAGUUGUUCGUGCAGUUGGGGCUCGGCGGCGAACGCGCCACGGACCGCUCGCCCGCGCCCGUUCUCAAGGCGUCCGGUAGUGCGGGCAAUCUUGGCGUACUAAUACCCGUGAUUGCGGUUUUAGUCAAAAGGUUACCACCAAUAAAACAUCCAAAACCCAGACUUCACAAACUGUUCAAAGACUUCUGGCUAUAUUGCGUAGUCAUGGGUUUUACUGCUGCCGAUUCAGGUCUAUGGCCCCAAGAAUGGUACACGGGUGUGAAAGAGAUAGCUGUCAAAUCACCCUACCUCGUCUCCCAGACGUCGCUGCGUUCAGAAAUGCGCGAAUUACAAUACACGUCAGCUGUGAGGAAUGAUUCCGUGUCCUUGAAUGAACUUCAGGAGUUGAAAACACAAAUAUUGAAUUUACUGGAUCACCCGCCAGAUGUCACUGUUAUGGUGAAUAAGUUGACGUUCGCGCCUUGUAUGUACCUACUUAGCGUGUACUGGUUAGAGACAUUGAGAGUAUGCAACUCGCCAGAACCAAGUUUGCAACCGAUUAUAGAAUAUUUAAGUGAUACAGCACUCCAAAAAGACAAGAGCGGCAUGUGGCAAUGUGUUGCCAGUGUUGGUGACAAAGUAUUCCAAAAGUUUCUGGACGUGAUGUCUGACAAAGUGAAGGACGAGUCAAGAGAACGGGAACUGGAGGGCCACGCACAGUUCCUGCUCGUCAACUUUAAUCACAUACACAAGCAGAUCAGACGGGUGGCCGACAAGUGGCUCGCCGGACUGGUUGAUAGGUUUCCUCACCUUCUAUGGAACUGUCGGGUGCUCUGGUCUAUGCUUGACAUUCUUCAAGUGCUCAGCUUUAGUCUUGAACUAGACGCCAACCAGGAAACGCCGCUGCUUAAAGUCCCAGGCACCGAUUUCACCUUGCAAUUACAAGAUACGUUGGAGGGUAGAGAGUCCAUUGUAAAAGACUUCGCGGAUCGUUGUUACGGUAUAGUACAAGAGGCGAUGAAGUGGGCGCCACAGUCUACACGAUCGCAUUUGCAAGAAUAUUUAAACCAGGUCCCCAACUCGACGCUGUGGCACCACUGCGGGCUGGCGCUGGCGACUGGUGCGCUGCUGGGCGCGGCGGGGCUCAACCGCAUGUCGGCGCCGCUGGCUCGCGCCGCGCUCGACAAGCGGCCGCCCUGCGUCACGCACGACUCCGCCGCCCUACUCGCCGUCGUCUCGCAGCGCAGCCGCUACGCCGGCGAGAUUACUGGUGCCGUAUACGCCGAAGGUGGCGGCGAGGCGGCGCUGUGGCGCGUGGGCGGGCGGCUGCAUACAGCGCUGCGGGAAGCUUGCAGCGGCGGCAGCGAGACGGCGCACCGCGCUGCACUGUGGCGAGCCACGGCGUUGCUUGCGCAUGCGCGUCAGCAGCCCGCGCAGCCCGCCGCCGCGCCCGUCGCCCGCGCCCUGCUUCACUCCGUCGCGUGGUCCCAAGUGGAGAUCUUCACAGAAGACGCAGUGACCACAGCGGUCGAAUGCUGGCAGUGGCUGACGACCGCCCGACCCGAUCUUGAACUCAGGCUCUUACAAGAGAUAUUCGCAGCGUGGCAGUGCACCGUCGAUAGGAAAAUGGGACUCUUCUCCAAACAGGUCGAAGAGACCAGCCCGCUUGCUGCUUAUGAAGGAGCGAAAUUAGAACCUCGCCCGCCAUUCGUUGCACCGCACGCGGUCUGGGUUCGAUACUUGUGCGAAGUUGCGGAAACAGCGAAAUACAACAGUUUAGAGAAAGUAGAGAUGUUGGCCAGUCUACUCCACAGGACGUUGCCCAUUACCGUAGGUGACGUAAGAGACCAUAUAAAUCGACACGUUGAAGCUGUUGGCGUUCGAUUUAAACUGCUAUCCUGUGGCCUGUCUCUCCUCCAAGGUGACAUCCUCCCCCGUUCGCUAGCAAGGAACAUCCUGCGAGAGCGGGUUUACAGCGCCUGUUUGGACUAUUUCUGCAGGGGGCUCCAGUGUCCAGCGAAAACAUCAGGAGCGUUGAGAGAGGAUAUCAUAUCCUUGAUCAAGUUCUGGCAGUUGAUGCAUUCUGAUAAGAAGUAUUUGAAGAGCAGUGAUAUUGGGGAAUUCGAGUUAAUGCGCGGACCGAGCAGCCAACAAAGUUUAUACACGUCCAACUCGCCGACCGACAAUCGUUCGUCCGUGAACAGCAGCGACAUCGGAAACCGUCAGACAACCGGGUGGAUUAAUACGGUGCCAAUGUCGACGACUACGCUGAGCAGUGGCGCGGGCAGCGUUGCGGGCAAGCGGUCCAACCGCAGCGUGAAGCCGCCCGCCAAAUCGCAGGACACUUUCGUCAAGGAUUACGUCAGGAAGAGGAAUCUCAUACUCGAGCUGAUGGCAGUGGAGAUUGAAUUCCUUGUUACGUGGCACAACCCUCACGGUCGACCCGAGCAGGCAAUACCGGGCGAGGACAACAUAGCCACGUGGCGCUCCAAGCCCAACACGGACCGCACGUGGCGCGACUACGCGAAGCUCGCGUGGGACAUCAGUCCCACAUUAGCCGUCUUCUUGCCUGAGAGAUUAAAGAGUGAAAGUAUAGUAGUGGAGAUGAGACGCAAAGUGCAAGCGCAGCCGACCGCGGUGUGCCACGUGCCGCAAGCGCUCAAGUAUCUGGUCACCACUGAGACGCUGCUCAACGACGCGCACGAGCUCGUGCACAUGGUGACGUGGGCCCGUGUGUCCCCAGUGGAGGCGCUGUCCUACUUCAGCCGUCAGUAUCCGCCACACCCACUGUCCGCCCAAGCAGCCGUCUACACCCUCACGUCGUACCCACCCUCCGCUGUUCUGCUCUACAUACCACAGCUCGUGCAGGCGCUGCGACACGACACGAUGGGCUACGUCGCAGAGUUGAUCAAGUCCCUUGCCAAGAAGUCGCAAGUGGUCGCACACCAACUUAUAUGGAACAUGCAUACGAACUUAUACACUGACGAGGAGAUGCAUAAUAAAGACACAGCGUUAUUUGACAUAUUAGAAAGUCUAAUAAAGUCCAUAGUCGAUACGCUAUCGGGUCCCGCCAAAGCGUUCUACGAGAGGGAGUUCGAUUUCUUCGGUCAAAUUACGAACAUAAGCGGCAUAAUACGACCGUACCCGAAGGGAGCCGAAAGGAAACGAGCGUGUCUAGAGGCGUUGAAGAAUAUCAAGGUACAACCAGGGUGUUAUUUACCAUCAAAUCCUGAUUCUAUGGUAUUGGACAUCGAUUAUAAAAGCGGUACACCAAUGCAGAGUGCAGCGAAAGCGCCAUACCUGGCCCGGUUUAGAGUGCGCAAGUAUGGAAUAGCGGAGAUGGAGGCUGUUGCGAUGGCAAUCGCAGCCGGCGAGGAUCCCCCUGCGGAGGAAGGCAAAGAUAGAUACACGUCGGUAGCAGCGGAGACGUGGCAAGCGGCCAUAUUUAAAGUGGGCGACGAUGUGCGGCAGGAUAUGCUCGCGUUACAAGUGAUAUCGCUGUUCAAGAACAUAUUCCAACAAGUCGGGUUGGAUUUGUAUCUGUUCCCGUACAAAGUGGUCGCCACUGCGCCUGGGUGUGGUGUAAUUGAAUGCGUGCCAAAUGCGAAGUCUCGAGAUCAGCUCGGACGACAAACGGACAUCGGCAUGUACGAGUAUUUCAUUAAGAAAUACGGCGAUGAGACCACUAGAGAGUUCCAGGCCGCAAGACGUUGCUUCGUGACAUCAAUGGCUGCGUACAGCGUGAUCGGUUUCCUGCUGCAAAUCAAAGAUAGACACAACGGCAAUAUUAUGCUCGAUACGGACGGACAUAUCAUACAUAUAGAUUUCGGGUUUAUGUUUGAAUCAUCACCGGGAGGCAACCUCGGCUUCGAGCCUGAUAUUAAGCUGACAGACGAGAUGGUGAUGGUGAUGGGUGGCAAGAUGGAGGCGCCACCAUUCCGCUGGUUCUGCGAACUUUGUGUGCAAGCCUUCUUAGCAGUCAGACCGUACCAAGAGGCGAUAAUUUCUAUGGUCUCGCUAAUGUUAGACACAGGUUUACCCUGUUUCCGUGGGCAGACCAUUCGUCUCCUACGCUCCCGUUUCGCCCCUAACUCGACAGAGAAGGAGGCAGCGGCGUACAUGCUCUCCGUCAUACGAAACUCGUUCCUCAACUUUAGAACUAGGACUUACGACAUGAUACAGUACUACCAAAAUCAAAUACCGUAUUAGAGUAACUUUAAACCGUGAUUUGUUCUAUAAAUGUCGCUAGAUUUUUUUUUAUUUUCAAAUUCUUUAUCUGAUCGAACACAGAUAUGACUUUAAAUAGAUGUGGCAAGAAUCUCAAUGUUUCUGCGAAAUUGGGGGAUUUACGGAACAUAAAAUUUGUCGGUGUGUUUACGCCAAGAACUUGCCAUGGAUUUGUGUGAGUUAUUUAAUGCUAUUUUAUUAUGACGGACAAAAAAAUACGCCUAAAAUUGUCCCUCGUCAACACAAUUUUUUUCAACGCAAAUUAGAAUCAAGCGUACCAUAAUUUUCACUUUAUUACUAUAAUAUUGUGAGAAGUCAUAGAUAUAAAAAUAGCCUUUUUACUGAACUGAUUUAAAAAAAGCCAUUCAAAUAAUUUUGUAGUCAAUUUACUACAAUUUCAAUUCUAUAUAUUAUUCCUAAAGCAUUGUUUUUAUAACAGUAUAUUAAAUGAACAAAUCCAUACAACAAAAUGGUUUGUGACUAUGUUUUAUUGCAUAUUUAGGACAAAAAUGGCUCGCGAAUUAACAUAAUUGUCGUAUCUAUUUAAAUAUAUAUCUGCGAGAUCACUCGAGUCAGUCACAUUUAAUUUUAGAUAUUUUAACACGUUGGUAUAAAGGUACAAGUCCAAAUUGUUUGUAUACUUAAUAUUAAACGAAUGUUAAAGUCGGAAUGUAUUAUAGAAAAUAAGUAAUUGUUAUUAUUAAUUAUUUUUUUAUCUUGGUUGUAAGAUCUACGUUGACAAAUAUGGUGGUAUGCAUUUCAUUCGUUAAUUUUUUUUUACUUACUCUCAAUGAAUGAGAAUUAUGAACGAAAGAGUUACGAAUGAAACUAAGUUAUAGUAAAAAUCAUAUCUCACUUAUACACUGCCAAGGGAGAAUGUGUUUUCUUAAAAUAGUUUUUUUUUUGUAAUUCAUUGCACAUCAAAAUAAAGAAAUUCAUUUAAUCCUUAGUGGAUCUUAUCUUGUUCGUACAGUAAUAUUUGUCCGUAUAAUUGAAUGCAUAAAGAAAUGUAUCAGAAGAAAUAUGCUAUAACUUUGGAAAAAGUUUAUACCUUAAUUUCACAACACGAAACGACAUUUGGUACGGUUGUACCAAGCUGAUUUUAUUAUUAAAUAUUACGUUACGAUAUAUUAAAAAAACAUUGAUAAAUGACCAACUACGAAAACGAGACUUCAUAAUUAAAUUAGUAUUAUUAAGGCCCUGAUAGACGAACGAUGGUCCUCGGAGUACUUUUUUGUCUGGCAUUCUAUAUAACAUACGAGACACGUAAUUUAGAUGUUAGAUUCUUGUGUUAAUAUUUUGAGGGGACAAAAAAUUACCCCGAGGGCUCACCUUAGACCCUAAUUGGACAAUCACUCUAUAGAAUGUGUUUAUGUAUAGAUGUUAUUUAUUUAAAUAUGUAAAAUAAAUCUAUAUUCAUUUAGCCCUUGUACUUAGAAAUUUGUGAUGAAUCUGUUUACUAUAGAUGUAUGUAAAUUAUCGAUUAACCAGUAAAUUAUGUAUACAACAGAAGUAUAAUAGUUUUUUGUACUAAUCGUGAGGCUAGUGACUUCAAAUAUUUCAUUAAAGAAGACACGAUCUGAAAGAAACUAUUGUUAAAAUAUUGUCUUCAUUAGAUUUUUAGAACGUACUUUUUUUGGCUAAUGGUAGGUCUGUGGAUACCUAUUACACCAAAGGAGUGUUGUUUUGCGUCCUUUCAAGACUGUAUAAUACAGUUUCUUAGCACAAUAUCGGCAGAGAGCUGCAGGGAAGACUUUGUUUAUUCGAUUUGGGAUCAAUUAAGGUAACGUCCAAUCGUUGUCUAUUCAAUUUGUUUAGAUCCUCAUUCAAUUUGGUCAAAAUGCAAUCCGCUGUUUAUAAAAUCAGCGCCAAGAUUAUUCCUAUUUAAAAUUUUUACUUCGGAAAAAUAAUUACUUUAAUCAGUGGGGAAUAAACCCUAUUUAUUGCAAAAAGAAUUAUCAUUACAGUCUAGAAGUAAUUAAGGAAUUAAUAAAUUUAAAAAUUCCUGUAGGUCUCUGUCGACAUUUUUCCAUGAAAACAUAUAGACCAACUAUUACAUUUAAAUUUCUCAUUAAAUAUAGGCAUACGAAGUCAAAUGUUUCCAACACAAUUAUGUCUAAUAUUCAUGUGUAUAUCAAAGUGCUAGAUUAAAAAUGUAUAAAGUUAAUUUAGAAAUAAAUUAUCUUGCACAGGAUGUUUGAGAUGGAAAUCAUUAGAGGUGGCGGCAGUGGGCAUCGUGCUACGUAAUUUUAGUUAAAUUCCAUUCUAUAUCACGGGUAGAUUUUUAGGCUUAAAUACCCUAUAAGAGUAUAGUAUUCAAUUUCACCUGUAUAUAUUGUAAAGGGGGAAAAUUAUGGCAAUUAUUUCAUUUCAAAUCUUUUUGGUGUAUAGUAUAGUAGGUAAACAGUGAAAAUUGUAUCUUGUUUUGUGCCUAUUUGUUUUGGGAUUUGCGGAAGGAGAAAGCGUUGUUUAAGAUGUGCAAGUUGAUUUUAUGUAAUCGAAUCGAAAUUGGAAUCAAAGUAAAAUCGAUGGAUAAUCAAACGUGGAUUUCAAUUCGUUCGCAUUUCAAUUACAAUAAUAUGUGACGGUGUUUAAAAUCUGUUACAAAAUUAUAGAUAAAAAAAUAUAUGAUAAUUUCGAUGCUUACCUUCCUAUAUAUUAUCUCAUUUUGUCACAAAAAUUGCAUUUCAUAAAAUGGAAUAAUGUAUUUAAUCAAUUUUCAUGUUUAACUACUUAUGGUAUAAAGCUAGAUUCCCAUUUAUCUGUAUUUUCCUUUAUUUAAAUAUCAAAAGUUAAAAUUUUAAGGGAAAAUAGGAAUAAUAUAGUUGAGAAUUAUUGGCUUUCUAUAUUUAUUGCAAUUUUGUUUACAUUUCAAAUGUACGAAUUACACAGAAAUAUGCAACCAUGGUCGCAUAAGGCAGUAUUGUUGAUUAUUGUCAUUUAAUAUUUCAUAAUGUACGUAGAAAAAUAUUAUAAAUGUUAUUUUUGACAUUCCUGUGAUUAAAGUUCUUGUUGUUGAUGGAAAUAUAGUAUUUGGUAAAGGUUUUAA